AGACAUAUGUUAAUCUGCAUGGGCAAUCUAAAGGUAUCCAAUGGGUUCUUAGUGAAAGAGGGUUAUGGAAAAAUAGAAUGAUGCUCGAAUGUGCUUUAUAUAAAAAAAAAGAUCAAAUUCCAGAUGUUAUUGAUUGCUGUGCAUGUUGGUUAAUUUCAAAUCAGCCAGGUUUUCUUGAACAACAUGGCCAAAUUCAGCAAGAAAUCGAAUCUCAUGGGCAUAAGGUUUUAUUUUAUCCUAAGUUUCACCCUGAAUUCAACUACAUAGAAAUGUACUGGGGGAUGGCUAAGAAGUACACUCGGUCCCAUUGUGAAUAUUCACUUCCAAAAACUAAAGAAUUAAUUUAUCAGGCUUUCGCUUUAAUUUCUGUAGAAAAAAUCCAUUCUUUCGCUAGACUAUCUUAUAGAUAG